AUGUUUCGUGACUGAAGUUGCACGGUUGGGCUGUGGCGCAACCAUUCGUGACCAGCUUGUGAUAUUCCGAGACAGCUGAAUGUGUUCGUGCAGUUGACAAAAAGAGGCAAGUGGGGACGAAUGCACAUGAACUUUUCGGCCCAGAUACGCGGAGACGGUCGUGCAAGUCAUUGCUCAAUCCCCACUCCUCAAAGAUGACAACACGCUUUUCAAGAAUUGUUAAACAGCUGGGAUAUGAGAGAAUACUACUGGCGCCCAACUCAGGACGAGUUAUCGUUCCUGGCUUGCCUUACAGUGCCUUUGACGCGCAAUAUACGCGGAUCCGAUCGCGAAAGUCGUUGCUCAAUCCUGCAGUUUCACUCCUCAAAGAUGACAACGGCAUUUUCAAGAAUUAUUAAACAGCUUGGAUAUGAGAGAAUACUACUGGCGCCCAACUCAGGACGAGUUAUCAUUCCUGGCUUGCCUUACUCAGCCUUUGACGCGCAAUCAUUUCCGAAGCCUUGGUACGUGAUGAAUCUAAUGGACUCCACACACAUCUGUCUCAUAGAGGCAGCUCACGGCAGGGACUCUUUACUCGGCCUUCAUGAACUCUGCAGGAAAUAUCUCUCAUUUAGCAGCACUGCACAAAUGGACUUUCACGAUAAACUCUACAAUGAGUCUGUCGUCAAGGCCCCUCUGUGUCUCGACACCCACAUCAGCGACGUCGGGAACAGCAGCUACGUCAUGGAAACGGAGAUGAAGGCGGCCGAAAUUCCGUUGGCACGAUAUAGAAGUCAAUUAGUCCUAGUGGAUACCACUUCUCGAAAGCCGAUUAAGAUUCCCCAACAGUGGAAGGAUACAUACGGGCAUUUGUAUGAAGGAGGCCAGCCAAUGAGGUUCCACGCUUUAGAGAAGCCAUGUGACCAGUCACGUGUAAUCAAAGUAUCAGUAGGGGAAGUACCUAACAGCGAUACGGACGGAAACGGCCAUCUUAAUUUUUCAAAUUAUUUGAAAUAUUGUUGUGAUGGUUUAGUUAAAAGGGAGAAACGCCAGACCAACUCGAGCUUACCCAUUCGACCUUUAUUACUCAAAUCUGCUUCCAUGUGGUACCGGAAAGAAUGUAACGAUGGCGAUGACCUUGAACUUGAGAUAUGGGAACACGAAAAGCAAAUGGACAGUUUGUGUGUAGACAUGUUGAGAAAUGGGGACAGUGUAUUCCAGUGUAAAAUGGAGCUAUACAAGGCAAAGCAUGUUAGAAGCUCUCUAUGAUUUAGGAUUUAGUUUAGUUUGAUUAAAUGAAAUCACUGUUCA